AUGACCUCCCCUGAGUAUAAACGCCACUUCUCUAUUGCCAACAUUCCAUUUGGUAUCGCUUCGUCCGAAACACAUCCGGAACCACAAUGUGUUACUCGACUAGAGAACAAUGUUAUUUUUCUGGCAGACCUACAGCGGGCAGGUAUAUUUGCUCAGAUUGCCAGCUUGCCUAAAGGGAUUUUUGACAAAUCGAGUCUAAAUGAGUACGCUGCGCUGCCCAAGUCGACACAACGUGAGGUCCGCACUGUGCUACAAGCUGAACUGGCUACGCCCUUGCCAGCGGGUUUCACCGAGGAUGUUAGCACAGUCACUCUACAUUUGCCAGUCACUGUGGGCGGGUUUACAGACUUUUCAUGUAGCCUACACCAUGUGCGGAAUGCAGGAAGAGCAAUUCUCAAUGAUGAAACACCGCCACCCGGCUUCUUCAAUUUCCCAACCGGGUAUAACGGCAGAGCGAGUACCAUCUACGUCUCGGGGACCCCAAUCGUUCGGCCGCACGGCCAUUUCUUUGAUCGCACCGCCCCAUCAGACAGAAAGCCCAUCAUUUACGGUCCAUCAAAGGCAAUGGAUUAUGAACUUGAGAUUGGAUUCAUUGUGGGUAAACGUGUCUCUUCCUUACAGGGAUUGAAUGCAAAAGAUGCCGAGGAGCAUAUCUUUGGGCUGGUGAUCUUGAAUGAUUGGAGUUCUCGGGAUAUUCAAGGCUGUGAGAUGGUGCCUCUUGGACCACUGAAUGGUAAGGCAUUUGGAACAAGCAUCUCUCCCUGGGUAGUUACUUUGGAUGCCCUAGAGUCAUUUAGAACCCCGGGCCCUAGGCACGAGGUCGCCCUGGCUGGUCACCUCGAAGAUGUCAUUCAAUCUGGCUAUGCUAUCAAUUUGAAAGUGGAGUUGCUUGCUGGUGGCCAAGUGACAACGAUCAGCGAAUCCAAGGCCCAAGACUUGCAUUGGAGUGGCAGACAAAUGGCUGCACAUCUCGCCAGCAGUGGUGCCGAUCUACAAACUGGAGAUAUUUUGGCUACGGGCACGGUUAGUGGACCGACUGAUGGAAAUUAUGGAUGUCUCUUAGAAAUCACCAAAGCUGGCAAGGAGCCGAUAACGCUUUCCGACGGUUCAAAGAGGCACUACUUACUAGAUGGGGAUGUCGUUCGCAUGACCGCCGUCGCUGGGGGAUACGAUUCUGGGGUUGGGUUUGGUGAAUGCGUAGGUGAAUUAAAGGCAGCACUGAGCUAA